AUGGAUUCACCUCGUCGACCUACACCACAGCACCUCAACUCUCACACGCCGCUUAAUGGUAAACCAAAGAAGAUGCAUGUCCACGAUCACGAUGAAUCACAAGGCGUCUCCGGUAGCGUCCAUGGGCUGAAUGCGACGCUAGGUAUGGUCAUUCACGGUGCUGCAGACGGAAUCGCUCUAGGCGCAAGUAGUUUAUCAGGUAACGGAAGUUUGAGCUUGAUUAUUUUCUUGGCUGUCUUGGUUCACAAAGGUCCGACCGCUUUGGGACUUACAACCACUCUUUUGUCACUCAACCUGACGCACACAGCCAUUAGAAGAAGAUUAAUCAUCUUUUCAUUUGCCGCGCCAGUAGGAGCCAUUCUCACGUUCCUCGUAGGAGGAUCAUUCUUAUACGUAGCAACUGUCAUUCAACCUUUAUCAUCUCAUCAACAUGAUCAUCACACUCAUGUAGAGUCGGGUGAUCCAAACGGUCAACAAGCUCAAGAAAACCUGCUGGGCAAGUAUGAACGCACAUUGUUGUUAGUUUUGGGAAUGGGUCUACCCGCUAUGCUUAGUUGGGCAGUAGGAGAUGAGCAUUGA